AUGGCUUCAUCUAAAAUUAUCAGCUGCACAGACAAUGUGCUUCUCCAGGACAAUAUUGUUGUAAUGGAUGUUGAGAACCUACUUGCCAGAUGGCCAACCUAUGAAGUAAAUUUCACACCCCAAAAUCCAGGGCCCAUGAAACUCAUCAUUUGGCUCAAAGAUGCUGUCAAACUCGUUCAUGUUGAAGACUCAACAGAUAGUGAGGCUGAGCUAUUACUUCCAGUCAAACCAAAAGGACAAAAGAGGACCUCUUCUGAUUGCAAGGACAAGAAAAUCAAGAUUGACAUGACUGUUGAUAUGAACAAGAUCACAGAUGAUUUUGCUGCCCUCAAAAUAUUGUCCACAUGUUCUAGUAACCCAGCCCAAGCAAAGCCCAUAUGCUUAGUAGAAAUUCCCAAAGCUCCUGCUGAUGUGCCUUUCAAACAACACAAGUUUAGUGAUAACUCAGACACACCAUGGCCACCUUGUUGCCCCCAUCGUACCCUCAGAGACAUUGAACCCAGUGAAGAAAUCAUGAACUUUCUUAUGUUCAGAGCAUUGCCUGCUGCCAUUGCAGCAGAAUAA